AUGACGUCCAUUAAGCGUUUGAUUCAGAUCACAGAGAAGGGUCUGAGAGUAAAUAAUAAGAAUAUUUCAUGGCCUUUAAUAAGGGAUGCAGAUUUGAGUGGACUUCAUCCGUCUACGACGCAGAAAACAUGGGCUACUACUAACGUACCAUUUGAGUCAAAACCUCUGGAGGCUAAUAUCGAUGAGAAGGCCCAGACAUUGAAUGUUAAAUGGGACUACGCAGAGGGAUUCCCAGAGAGAAGCACUUAUAGUAUUAAGACACUCUCGGAUGCAUUUAGCAGUGAUCCAUGGAAGACAUUCCCACCACAUACGCCAGCAGCCGAGCCAUGGACUACGGAGGAGUUCAAACAGAGCAGUCAAACUUACGAUCUUGCAGAAAUGCAUAAAUCACCAUCUGUACUGCUCAAAGCACUCACACAGCUACAUCAGCGUGGUUUGAUCUUUGUCAAGAACGUACAGACGGAGGAAAAGACCGACGCGGGCUGUGGUCUUCGUGCAAUGAUUGAAGGCUUGUUUGGUGAGAUAAGGAACACAUUCUACGGACAGACUUGGGAUGUCAGAGCUUUGGGAGGCCAGUCUCGGAACGUUGCGUAUACUGGUUUAGAUUUAAAAUACCACAUGGAUUUACUAUACUUCGAGUCGCCUCCACGAUUUCAAUUCUUGCAUUCAUUGAAGGCAUUACCACGUGAGCAGUCUCCGCAAGGCCACUCACUCUUCCUUGAUUCUUAUAGGGCUGCCGAGGAGCUUUCGAAAGAAUCUUACGAUCUCCUCAAGUCUGUGCCGCUCGUUUACGAAUAUCACAACGACAACCAUCAUUACAUACAUGCACAUCCUGUUCUGGAAGAGCAGACCGGGAAGCUGCGCUCAGUAAACUAUUCACCCCCGUUUCAGUCUCCGUACCAGCCAUACAUUGCUGAGCUCGAUGAGGAUAGACAGAUAGCAUACCUGAAAGCGCUCAGAGAGUGGGAUGGCAUACUCGAGCGUGAUCAUCUCAACUUUGAGCUGCGCUUGAAUGAAGGCGAAUGUGUCGUCUUUGAUAACAGGCGUGUCUUGCAUGCUCGCAGGGCAUUCGACGAACAGGGCGAUAAAGGUGAGAUCGUGCGCUGGCUCAAAGGAGCAUACGUAGAUGGAGAUGCUAUUUGGGAUCGCUGGAGAGUAGUUAAUGAGAGCCAGUGAAUGUAUCUUGAAUAAAUUAAUUGAUUUCCUACUUU